GCUGCUCAUCAGCUUGAAAGCUAUAAAAUAUCCCCCCUUAUUCACAGCUAGCUAGCUGGAAAGGACAAAGACGCACAGUACAGAUCAGUUAUUCUUUAUUGUCCCCAUUCUGGAGAGCUACAGCUUUUAUGGAAACCCUGAGUCAACACCUGGAGUACCUUGAGCUCUGUGGAGAUGACACAGAAGCUGAAGAUCAGAUCCUUGAAAGUCUGAAUGGGAUUCUCCUGGCUGUAACUGAAGAUAAGCAAAGAUCCUUCAGCCUACUCAGAGAAAGUGGGAUCUUUUUAACUUUGGCAAAAAUCCUGAAGGGCAAUCUACGAUGUGCAGUGAAAGCAGCCCAGGUGCUUUCAGAGAUAGCCAAGAACGAGGAAAUGAAGAAACCAUGUAUCGAAGCAGAUUUGGUUCCAACUUUGAUACCCUUGCUGGAAAGUACAGACCAAGAAAUGUUGCUUUAUGCUGGGAGGGCUAUUGGCCGCAUCUGUUAUGAUAAUCGGGAACUUCAGGAAGAGCUGGUGAAGGUUGGAGUAAUCACACCACUAGUCCGAGUAUUAACCGAUUAUGCAGAGAAUGAACCACUUGUCCAUGUUGAUCUACUGGCCUUAUGCAAUCUUGCAGACCUUGAUACAGCCAAGGAAGCUCUAAGCAAGACAAAGGUUGCUGAACAGCUGGUAAAACAACUGAGAAGAGCAGAGAACCAUGAGAGGUUAGAAAUUCUCUUUGAGGUCCUGCAAGCACUUGCAGAAAAUGAUGCUCUGAAAGUGCAGUUGGUGGAGGCAGGUGUGCAAGAGGUGCUGUCCGAGAUCCUGAUGAGGCUCCAGGGUAGUUCAGAAGCUGAAAAUACAUGUAUUGUGAAGGCUGCAUCAGAUCUCAUUGUCUCUCUGCUUCUUGGAGAUGGCAACUGUGUACGAAUGGUCCAGCUGGGAGUCAUACAUCAGCUUCUGGAUCUUUUGGAGAAACAUGUAGAGAGUGAGGACAUCUCUGUUCAACAUGCUGCACUCAGUGCACUUAGAAAUCUUGCUAUACCAGUUGUUAGCAAGGUUCAAAUGCUGGAAGAAGGUGUGGCAGAACGAAUUCACACACUUCUAAGGUCAGAGAUGCCUCCUGUGCAGUUUAAACUUCUUGAAACACUACGGAUGUUAGCAGAUGGUCAAGCUGAUGCGGCUGAAAUCUUGGGUCAAGACCCUAUGCUACUCAACAGACUUGUGCAGUGGUGCAGUGCUAAUGACCACACUGGUGUUCAUGGAGAAGCAAAUCGGCUGCUAGCAUCGAUCUUGCAUCACAACAGAUCCCAAGAAGUGGUCAAAGCCAUCCAGGAGGCACAAGGAGUGAAGCAUCUGAUUUCUAUGACAACAAGCGAACACGCUGCCAUGCAGAAUGAGGCUCUGAAUGCCUUGGCAAUAGCAUCUGCAAUCAAUUUAGAAACCCUUGAAGAAUCUUUUAAGGAACUACAGCUAGUUCAAAGCUUACACAAACUUCUACAAGAUGAUAAUACAAGCCCUGAGGUGAAAUAUAAUUCAAUGGGUCUUCUGUGCAGUCUUCUUAAUUCAGGGGAUCUGAGGCAAGAAAUAGAAGAGGACAAGAUUAAAGAAACCCUGGAACAACUCUGCAGUCACAGCAAUGCAAAUGUAGUCAAGGAAGCUAUCACAACAUUACAGGUUUUGAGAGGAGAAACACCCCACUAGUCUCCCUUCUUCCCCAGAGCAAACGCAGUAUAACAGUAGCUUUGCCAACCCAACCUUGCAUACAGCAUACUGCCACAUAACCAAGACUACUAAAGCCCAGGUACAGCUCCUGCUUUUAAAGCUGUACAUAAAAAACAAUACUCAUUUGUUCAUCUAUUUGGCCUACAGAUGCUUACAUCACUGCUGCUCUUCACUGAGAUACUAACACACAGCAGUAGGAAUAAGGCCUGUAAAGCAAGUAGUCUUAGAACACAUGACAUUAGAAGCAGCAGAUAAUUACUAUCCGUAAUACAUUUUUCAGCUGCUUGGUUCUAUCAAAUCAGGAUAUCACUUGCAACUUUUUAUUGUAUCAACGCAACUUCAAAAUCAUUACAAAAAGAUCUCAAGCUUACAUUAUGCAACCUGAAACAAUGGGGUUUUACAGCAGAGCUGUAGCUUAAAAAAUGCAAAGGGCUAAUUGGAACAAAUUCAACCUCUGCACAUUGUGGAUCAACCUCUGAGAUCAGCUGUUAACUGAGUAUCUUAAAAACACAGCAAAACCAUACCUUUAAACUAACUUCCCCUUCAAUUUCCAAUUUCAAAGCUCACCUGAGUUUUUAUUUGUUAGUGCAAGUAAAGUGGUUAGACAAGAUACAAAUUAAAGCUAGCUAGAAAUUAUAGGUGAGCACAUGUGAAGAUUUAGAGGCAGCUGGAGGUACCUCCAGUAAGGGAACAUGGGUUUAAUUCUAGACAGUGAAAAACUGUAGUAAAAAAAAUGUCUCUGAACAUUUCUACAAAAACCUUUCAUAUUUAAAAAUGGUCACUUGAUUAAAAAAA